GGUUACACCCAUAAGUUAAAAAAAGAAGACAAAUAUUUCCUGAAGCCUGACGGGCUCCUCCUCACGUCAUUGAAAAGGACUUCAAACCGAGGACAACCAACGCGUUUGGAUUCAGGGAAAGACACAAAACCAUGGGAGUAACCGUGGAUACCGUUAAAGCUGGGGACGGAAAGACGUUUCCAAAGACAGGAGACAAAGUCUUUGUGCACUACACCGGCACAUUGGUAAAUGGGACGAAGUUUGACUCCUCCAGGGACCGGGGAAAACCAUUUUCAUUCCAUAUUGGAAGGAAUGAAGUCAUUCGUGGCUGGGACGAGGGUGUAGCUCAGAUGAGUGUUGGCCAGCGGGCCAAACUGACCUGCACACCAGACUAUGCUUAUGGGGAAAGAGGAUUCAGUACCAUAAUCCCAGCAAACGCCACCCUCAUCUUUGACGUGGAACUGAUUGAUAUAAAAUAAAGUCACCUUUAAUUAAACAUGAAUGAUUUCAUAAAUU